UUCUGUGCUUACCACAGCUCUUAUAUUGUAUCCUGCACUGAGGAUAGCGACCAUUGGGGACAGUCCAGUGGCCUGGAGCUGUUGCCAGCCUGGAGAGAGGCCAAUCCAGACACAGCAGUGUGUGCUUCCAGCAGCAAAGGAGCCUCAGGCCUUGGUCUCCCUAACUACUGCUUCUUCUGCGGGGACAGAAAGACAUGUCCUGGAAAUUGACAUCACCUCUGCUUCUUCUGGCCUGGAUGGCCUCCGUGUGCAGUGCCAGGGACAGGACAGACCUGCUCAACGUCUGCAUGGACGCCAAACACCACAAGACAAAGCCAGGCCCUGAGGACAAGCUGCAUGACCAGUGCAUUCCCUGGAAGGAGAACGCCUGCUGCUCCGUCAGCACCAGCCAGGAGCUGCACAAGGAUAACUCCCUCCUCUAUAACUUCAACUGGGAACACUGCGGCAAGAUGGAGCCCGCCUGCAAGCGCCACUUCAUUCAGGACAACUGUCUCUAUGAGUGCUCCCCCAACCUGGGGCCCUGGAUCCAGCAGGUGAACCAGAGCUGGCGCAAAGAACGUUUCCUGGACGUGCCCCUGUGCAAAGAGGACUGUGAGAGCUGGUGGGAAGACUGCCGCACCUCCUACACCUGCAAGAGAAACUGGCAGCAGGGCUGGAACUGGACCUCAGGAUCUAACAAGUGUCCAGCUAAGGCUGUGUGCCGCACAUUUGAGUCCUACUUCCCCACGCCUGCAGCCAUGUGUGAGGGCCUCUGGAGUCACUCCUACAAGGUCAGCCAAUACAGCCGAGGGAGUGGCCGCUGUAUCCAGAUGUGGUUUGACCCAGCCCAGGGCAACCCCAACGAGGAGGUGGCAAGGUUUUAUGCCUUGGCCAUGAAUGCCGGGGCCGUGUGCUGUGAGACUGGGCCUCUCCUGCUCAGCCUGGCCCUGAUGCUGACACUCCUGCUCCUUGGCUGAGUCCAGCCCUGCCUAGACGUCCCCUCUUCCCCCCCCUCCCCAGACUUCCCCAGCUUUGAAGACAGGCUGCGCUCAGCUCAGUUCCACAAAUGAGGGAGCCCUAAGCAUGUCUCCAUCCAUUAUCCACCCCUCUGUCAUGUUUCCUGCUCCAUGGUGGGGCUGGUAGUUUCUCUGACAGCCAGUUCUAAUAAAUACAUGGACACGUCUGUGUCUGAUGAAUUA